AUGUCUUCGAUAAUAACAAGCAUCUUAAGUUCAACCGUAGGCUUGUUAUGGAACGGAGCUCGCGACUUGACUGCGGCUAAACUGAAGGAUGGGGAUGUGACGGAUACAAAAAUUCGAGAGAUUUUCGUUAGCGAGUCGAACGACAUCAAGACGAAACUUGAUGGUCUCUCACGCAAAGAUCUGCUCAGUAGCUACGAUUUCCUACAAGAAGGAGUACAUUUACUCAAUGUUUCCCUUGAUAAAUCAAAGCUCGAGCAGAAAGCAGAAACAACAGCCGGAAGGUCGAGCGUUAUCCAGUCUGAGAUCUUAAGGGAAGCCGUGGAACUUUCUCAAGCCAUAAGAGAACUGAAAAUCAACGCGGAUAAGGAGUUUGAAUCAGCUCUAGAACGAUUCAAAGACGCCCGCAAGGCAGCGACCCAUGCUUUUCGUAUUGAAUCUCUACAUAUUGAAGAAAGAAUCGUUGCCGCGAAACUACGGGUAGUUUCUGAGUUGCUCGAAUGUCUCGAAAGUCCUGAAACAGCAAUUCCAGGGUGUCUGUCACUUUUGAAAAAACUGCACGCCUUACCUGCGGUUCAGGGGAUGUUCAACGUGUAUCUAAACGGAGGAAUCAAAUCGAUGUGGAAUAAAGACCAACGAGCAGAAAACGUCAAGUCGGUAAUGAUGAUCAAUUAUGUUGUGUUUAAAUAUGUUUUUAAAUUCAGCCGCAAGUAUACUUCUGUACACGCCUGGUCAACAAUUGAACUUGCUGAUCGUAGUUUUAACCCAAUAUUGAAAUGGCGGGAGGUUUCGACAAGAGAAUCUAUGGGCGAUGAACUGACCCAACCUCCCAACAAACUGAUACUUAAUACAAUAAAUAUUAUACGUCCUCAUCGUUCUGCUGUAAACAGCCAUGGGAAUGUUUUUGUAAACAGCCAUGGGGACGAUUCUGGCAGCAUCAUGCUUAUAAAUAAGAAAGGUAAAAGCAAGGUUGUUAAUUUACCCAGUCAUGGAGGUAACGUUGUCGCGCAAUUUAUUGACGCACUUGCUGUUGAUAACGAUGACAAUGUUUACGUGGUGAGAUACCUUAGAACACGUACGGAAAAUGACGAUGUGGACAGUUACGUGUUGGAUGUACUGGACGAGAACUACAAUGUAAAGCAGGACUCGCGCAGAUUGGAAUUUCUGAAGGCAACAUAUUAUGUGGAGAUCGCUAUAAACAAGAACAAUGAUAUCAUCAUGACCACAUAUGAUGAUCCCCAGGUAGGCCUAUAUAUCUGUGACAAAACUGGAAAAUUAAAGCACAAGUUUGAACGAAGACAUUAUCGACAAUAUUAUCGAUCCUUGGGUAUUUCUGGGCAGGAUGAAAUCAUGAUAUCAUCGGAAAAAAAUCGGGCUGUGGAGAUAUACUCCGUGGAAGGAAAUCUGAAAUCGACAAUAAAAUUACCAGAAGGUCACGAGGUCCGUGGGUUGGUGUUUCAUUAUGUCAUUUGUAAAAUAAUUAUUUUAACCAUGAGCGUCGAGAGAAAAUAUUUCCUUCUGUGCUACACUGAAGCAGGUGAACUGCAUGAGACCACGGCGUUCGUAAUUGAUAAGGAAGAUUACGAUGCAUUUGGAAGCCCCAGUAUUAAGUCUCAUCCAAGUGGUCCUGUUGCGGUUGUCGAGAAAAGAAGCAUCACUUUCAUAUGA